GCCCAGCAGUCCGUCAGGCCCCCGCGGUCCCCGCCCCUCCUGCGUCCCGGGAGCUGGCUCGGUCCGGAGCCGCGCGCGGUGCGACCGGGCAUGCCCCGCUACGAGCUGGCUUUGAUCCUGAAAGCCAUGCAGCGGCCAGAGACUGCUGCUGCCUUGAAACGUACAGUAGAAGCCCUGAUGGACAGAGGGGCGAUAGUGAGGAACUUGGAGAAUCUGGGUGACCGAACACUGCCUUAUAAGAUUUCCUCCCACAGUCAGCGGCACAGUAGAGGAGGGUAUUUCUUGGUGGAUUUUUAUGCACCAGCCACCGCUGUUGAGAGCAUAAUGGAACAUUUGUCUCGAGACAUUGAUGUGAUUAGACCGAAUGUUGUAAAACACCCUCUGACCCAGGAAGUAAAAGAGUGUGAGGGGAUUGUCCCUGUCCCACUCGAAGAAAAACUAUAUUCCACGAAGAAGAGGAAGUGAGAAGAUUUACCCAAUUGUAGCUUUGUAUUUAAUUCUCUCACUUUUGAGUACCAUGGAUUAAAAAUUUACAAACUUGA